AUGGUCCUCUUGAGCCCAAACCAGGCCAUCACUUCCGCAGGCUUCUUCCCGACGCGAAAAGAAGCUACUACCGCUGGUCUGCGCUCAUUUCUAUCUUGGAAAAGGAAUUGCCAAGAAUCUAUCUAUCUCUGUUCAUAUCUAUCUAUCUCUGUUCAUAUCUAUCUAUCUAUCUAUCUAUCUAUCUAUCUAUCUAUCUAUCUAUCUAUCUAUGUCAUGUCUGUCUUAGUAGUAGUGAUUCCUGAUUUAGUUGUGGCUUGGCGGCGCUGUCAGGCCGGCGUUAAUGAACACCGGGGGUUUGCUUGGGUCGUAGGCACACAUAACAAAAACACUCAAUAUCUGGCUUUACUUCUCAACAUGCUUAAAAAAUUUACCCUUUUAGGGAUCCUUUGGAUUGUCCUAUGGGCCGCUUGUGCUGCUGCAGCUAGUGAUGAAUCACCAGACACAGUUACUGUUGAGGAAAAUAUUGGAAAGAGUCAAGAAGCUUCAAAAACAGAUGAUGAGGUCGUUCAAAGGGAGGAAGAAGCCAUCAAACUAGAUGGUUUAAAUGUAGCACAGAUGAAAGAGAUGCGUGAAAAGUCUGAAAAACAUGCAUUCCAAGCAGAAGUGAAUCGAAUGAUGAAACUUAUCAUUAAUUCUCUUUACAAAAACAAAGAGAUAUUUCUUAGAGAACUUAUUUCUAAUGCAUCAGAUGCGUUGGAUAAAAUCAGAUUUUUGGCUCUGACAGACAACAAUGCUCUUUCUGCUACUGAGGAGUUCAGUAUAAAGAUCAAGGCUGAUAAAGAAAAUCAUGUACUACAUGUAACGGAUACUGGUAUUGGCAUGACUAAGAAUGACUUGAUUAACAAUCUUGGAACCAUUGCUAAGUCUGGCACAAGUGAAUUUCUUCAAAAACUGGGAGAAUCUACUCAGACUGAGAUGACUGAUCUCAUUGGUCAAUUUGGUGUUGGAUUUUAUUCUUCUUUCCUUGUUGCUGAUAAAGUAAUGGUCACCUCCAAGAAUAAUGAUGAUGAUCAGUACAUCUGGGAGUCUGACUCUGAUUCUUUCCAUGUAUCUAAAGAUCCUCGUGGUAACACUCUUGCACGUGGAACCACAAUUAGUUUGCAUUUGAAAGAGGAGGCCCAUGACUUCCUUGAAGAAAGUACUUUGAAAGAAUUGAUUCAGAAAUACAGUCAAUUUAUCAACUUCAAUAUCUACCUUUGGACCAGCAAAACUGAGAAAGUAGAAGAACCUAUUGAUGAAGAAGAGAAACCAGCUGAAAAUAAACCUGAAGAGGAAGAUGAAGAAGGCAAGGUUGAAGAAGAGAAAGAUGAUAAGCCAAAAACAAAAACAGUUGAGAAGACUAUUUGGGAUUGGGAACUCCUCAACAGUGUCAAACCCAUUUGGUCAAGAAAGCCUGCUGAAAUCAAAGAGGAUGAGUAUGAAGCUUUUUACAAGUCCAUCAGUAAUGACAAUUCUGCUCCCCUGGCCAAGAUUCACUUUACAGCUGAAGGUGAAGUGACCUUUAAAUCAAUUCUAUAUGUGCCUAAAAUCUCUCCUCAUGAUAUGUUCAACAACUAUGGAAAGAAAACUGAUCGUAUUAAGAUGUAUGUACGUAGAGUUUUCAUCACGGAUGACUUUGAAGAUAUGAUGCCCAAGUAUUUGAACUUUGUGACAGGAGUGGUAGAUUCCGAUGAUUUGCCACUGAAUGUGUCUCGUGAAACUUUACAACAACACAAGCUUCUCAAAGUCAUUAAAAAGAAACUAGUCCGUAAAACCCUGGAUAUGAUAAAGAAAAUUGAUCCCAAAGAUUUUAAAGACUUCUGGAAGGAAUAUAGUACAAAUAUCAAACUUGGAGUCAUUGAAGAUCCCUCCAAUCGAACUCGUUUGGCUAAGUUGCUCCGUUUCUAUACCUCCAAUUCUGAAACUGACCAGACCAGUUUAGGAGAAUAUGUGGAAAGAAUGAAGGACAAACAAACUGCAAUCUAUUUUGUUGCUGGUAGCUCUCGUAAAGAGGUGAAAGAGUCUCCCUUUGUUGAGCGUCUCUUGAAGAAAGGUUAUGAAGUGCUUUAUUUAAUUGAACCUGUGGAUGAAUACUGCAUCCAAGCAUUGCCAGAAUUCGAAGGCAAAAAAUUCCAGAAUGUCGCUAAAGAAGGCUUGUCUUUAUCUGAUUCUGAUAAAGCCAAAGAACAGAAAGAAGCUACUGAAAAGGAAUAUGAGCCAUUGCUGAAAUGGUUGAAGGAAGAUGCUCUCAAAGACCAGAUUGAAAAAGCUACCAUUUCUGAGAGAUUGUCCACUUCACCAUGUGCUCUAGUUGCUGGUCAGUAUGGCUGGUCCGGCAACAUGGAAAGAAUAAUGAGAGCACAAGCCUAUGCCAAAGCGAAAGAUCCUUCCCAAGAUUAUUUUGCCAACCAGAAAAAAACUUUGGAAAUCAAUCCAAGACACAAGUUUAUCAAGGUUUUAAAAGAAAAAGUAGAGGCCAACAGUGCUGAUCCUGCUGCCAAGGAUUUGGCUGUGAUUCUGUUUGAAACUGCUACAAUGAGGUCUGGUUACAUGGUUAUUGAUAAUGUUGGUUUUGCUGGCCGAGUAGAAAGGAUGUUGAAGAGUGGACUGAACAUCGAAGGUGAUAAUAUGGUUGAAGAAGAACCAGAAGUUGAGGAAGAAAAGGAGGAGGAGGAGGAAGAAGAGAAGGAAGAAAAAGAUAAGGAGGAAGACAAGGAGGAAGAUAAAGAGGAAGACAAGGGUUCCCAUCAUUCUGAUGAAUUAUAA